AGCUCCAUCAUCCUCCUGCGAUGCGAGCAUCGUUUUGGUGGAGAUAGGGCAUCCUCCCAACCCUUCGACACCAAUGACUACCGACUAGGGUCGCACAUUAACGGAUAAACAGAGGGGAAAUCAGGACAGCAUUAUGGCGAAACACCGCAAAGACAGAGACAGCUGGGGGUCCCUUAGUGAUAAAAAUGUCUAUGACUGGAGCUCAGAGGAGGAGGAGCCGGACGGACGAGCCCGGCCUGUGCAAGUACUGCUGGUCAAAGAUGACCACACCUUCGAGCUGGACGAGGCUGCGCUGAGUCGCAUCCUGCUGGCCGAGGAGGUCAGAGACCGAGAGGUGGUGGCCAUCUCUGUGGCCGGAGCUUUCCGGAAGGGCAAGUCCUUCCUCAUGGACUUCAUGCUGCGUUACAUGUACAACCACGCAUCUGAAGGCUGGCUCGGAGAUGCAGACGAGCCUCUGACCGGCUUCUCCUGGAGGGGGGGCUCAGAGAGGGAGACCACCGGGAUCCAGAUCUGGAGCGAGGUCUUCCUGGUGGACAAGCCCGACGGAAGAAAGGUGGCUGUGCUGCUAAUGGACACACAGGGCACGUUUGACAGCCAGUCGACUCUGAGGGACUCAGCCACAGUGUUUGCACUGAGCACCAUGAUAAGCUCCAUGCAGGUUUACAACAUCUCGCAGAACGUACAAGAGGACGACCUUCAGCACUUGCAGCUUUUCACUGAGUACGGCAGACUAGCUAUGGAGGAGACUUUCCUCAAACCGUUCCAGUCAAUGAUCUUCCUGGUUCGAGACUGGAGCUUUCCCUACGAGUUUCCUUACGGACAGGAGGGAGGCAUGAAGUUCCUCGAGAAGAGACUGAAGAUCUCAGAGAACCAGCACGAGGAGCUGCAGAACGUGCGUAAACACAUCCACUCCUGCUUCACCAACAUCUCCUGUUUCCUGAUGCCUCAUCCCGGCCUCAAGGUCGCCACCAACCCAAACUUCGAUGGAAGAAUUAUGGAGAUCGACGGCGAGUUCAUAAACAACCUGAGGAUUUUGGUCCCGUGGCUUCUCAGCCCUCGUAACAUCGACGUGAAGGAGAUCAACGGCAGCAAAAUCACCUGCAGAGGCCUGCUGGAGUAUUUCAAGGCAUACAUCAAAAUUUACCAAGGUGAGGAGCUGCCACAUCCAAAAUCUAUGCUGCAGGCAACAGCAGAGGCGAAUAAUUUGGCAGCAGUCGCAGCCGCAAAGGAUCUGUACAACAAGAAAAUGGAAGAGGUCUGUGGGGGUGACCGGCCCUUCCUGGCCCCCAGCGAGCUGCAGACCCGACACAGCGCCAUCAGAGAAGAGGCCCUGCAGGUGUUUCGGGGUGUGAAGAAGAUGGGAGGCGAGGAGUUCAGCAGGCGCUACCUGCAGCAGCUGGAGGGAGAGAUUGACGAGGUGUUUGUCCAGUACAUCAAGCACAAUGACUCCAAGAACAUUUUCCACGCAGCCCGGACGCCGGCCACCCUGUUCGUGGUCAUCUUUGUCAUGUACGUGGCUGCGGGCAUCACAGGCUUUGUGGGCGUGGACAUCAUUGCCAGCUUGUGUAACAUGAUCCUGGGCCUGGCUCUGAUCACUCUCUGCACCUGGGCCUACAUCCGGUACUCCGGGGAAUACCGAGAACUCGGCGCCGUCAUCGACCAGGUGGCUGGUGCACUGUGGGACCAGGGGAGCACAAAUGAGGCUCUCUACAAGCUGUACAAUGUAGCGGCCAAUCACAGGCACCUGUACCACCACGCCUUCCCCGGCGGGCCUCAGGUGGAGGAGGUCGCAGAGGAGCAGGACAAGAAGAGAGACUGAUUAGAUAAGACAGAGGACAGCAGGGACUUCCUGGUGAUGGACAGGAGGAGGAGGGACAUCCUCACCCAUCAGGCACUCUUUUAUUCUGGUGUUGAGUGGCGCUGCCCACCGAUACAUCCACUACUUUAAACCUAAUAACGCACUGUUUAAUGUUCAUGUAUAGGCAGAGCGUCCUCUCAGCGGGUGCCUGUUUUCAAGCGAUGGAUGCCAUUUAUCAUCGUCUCACUUUUCGUCUGUGAUAAAACAUCACCUGUACAGAUACUGAAGUUCUCCCAGAGGAGACCUCGGCAACCUCCAGUCAGCUGUUGAUUUCACAUCAGGGGCCAAAUGCAUAAACAAUGUGUACGCACACACAAAAACCCACGCUACUGCUUUUCCCUCAUAUACACUGGUGUUUAUAAAGAAGAAAUGUACGGUGAGAAGGUGCACACCUCAUGCAUUCGUACACAUGGUUUAAGCGGAGAUAGCUGCAGGUGAAAUGAUAAGAGCAAAAUUUAAUGUAAGUUGAGAGACGGAAAACAACAUUUAAAGGAUGUUUGCCGAUUUCUCUAAUCGUGUUACAAUCUUUGCUCUGUGUUCUGAAAAAUGUCAAUCAAA